AUGGUUGCAUGUGUGCCAAAGCUGCAGGGCCUGGUGGCUGAGCUGCGCGAGGGGCUCCACGCUGCCCUGACAGAGCUGCGCGAGCUGCAUCACAGGGACGCCGGUCUGGAGGAGAAACUCCAGGCCCAUCAGACCGAUGUGGAUGAUAAGAUCAUGGGCCUCAAGAACUCGCUCAACACUUUCAAGGAGGAGCUGAAUGUGGCGUUGUUCCACAUUAAGGAUGUGUCCGGCAGACAGAGAGAGGCUCAGAAGAGGGUGGAACUGCUGCAGUUAGAAAACACCAAGGAACUGAUCUCUGUUCCGCACGGUAGAAAGAGCUCCAAGGCAGAUGUGCUAACGGCAGCAGGGGAUGAACACAUCUGUGUGCCCAGCCAAUCAGAACUCAGUGUUAUUCAACAUUUUUUUUCCAGUCUGCCACAUAGUGGGUCACCACAGAGGAGCACCACUUCUACACUGACCUCUACCUCUGCGCAGGAGGCUCAGCCACAGCUGCAGAGAGGUUGUCCGUCCAAGACUCCAGCAUGGGGAGAGAGGAAGAACAGCAGAGGCGAUGACACAGAAACGCCAGACAGCCAGACCGAAAACAAUAAGAGACAGAGAGCGGCUCUUGAGCUGCUGGAGUCAGAGAGAGUUUACGUCUCCCACUUGUCUCUGUUACUUAAGGCCAACAUCUCCUUCAAUGGAUCAGAGGCACUCGCCCCCAAAGACAAACGUCCAUUUCCCAGCUCUCUGAGGUUUCUGAUCCAGCAGCAUCUCGAGCUCCUCCACACUCUCCAGGAACGCGUGCUCAAGUGCCAGUGGCAAGGCAUCAUGGGGGAUGUGUUUCUGAGGCUCACCAACAAAGAGAGUGAUUUCUUGGACUUUUAUGUGUCCUACCUGAAGGAGCUUCCAGACUGUUUGUCAGUCGUCACCAUGCUUGCCUCCAGCUCCAUGAAAUCUUCUGCCCUCCUGGAGAGUGACAUAAUGGGUGACGAAUCCAAACCCUCCCUCCACAAUCUGCUCCUUCAGCCGGUUCAGAGGAUCCCUGACUACCUGCUGCUGCUACAGGGGCUGCUGAGGCAGACAGAUGCAGAGCACCCAGACUACUACCUGCUGCUGGUGUGCAUCCAGCAGUUCAGGUCCUUCACAGCUCAGUACCACCACCUCCUCCAGCACAACCAGGAGCUUCUGCUGCACAACCGCAAGGAGGUGAAGAGGUCUACCAUGAAACAGCUGUUAAAGACAGUAGAAAGUGGAAUUCAAGCUAACAACCUUGGAUCAACGUACCCUUGCAGCAGUGCUAUGCUGGAACACGCGAAUCAGGUGAGGCGCAACAAGCAACGUCUCCUGGAGCAGAUCCAGUCUCACCGUUUCCAAGAUUGGGAUCAAGACCGUGAUCCCGAAACUCAUUGUUAUGAACAGGAGUGGCACCCCCAGCUCCCAUUCUUCAGCCCUGACCUGGACUCACGGAACCACAAACCAACUGGUCUUGGCAGCAUUCCAGAGAGUGAGGCAUCAGAGAGGUCCAUGUCGUGCCAGCAUCAUCUUCCCUCCAGACCUUCAGACUUCCGUCAGGUUCAGCCAGGCUCUGCUCUGGCCGAUGCUCUCGGAGAGUUCCUUCUCCCACCAGACCCCCCGGGGAUGGAGAGCCUCUUUGAAGAGGAUGGAGGCUCCCUUCAUGAUGUCUCUAUGUUCGACCGCUGCUCGUCUGCCUCUUCAGAUUCCUCCAUUGACAUUGCCUUUGUGAAGUGCCCCAUAGCCCCCUCAGCAUCACAUCAUGCAAUGGCAGCGAAUCUGUCGACAACUCGUGAUUUCUUUGGCAACGGUGGAAGCCAAGGCAAUGGUUACAACAGACUGCCCAACCGAGGUUGCGUGUCUCCGGAUGAAGCUGUAAUGAUGUGUCGCAAUCAGCAUCGUCCCCUUCAGGCCAGCCAGCGUAAGAGCAAGUCACUGAACGGCCUGCAGAUGGACAGCACAGUGAGUGGUCUGGAUGGUGGACCUCUAUCAGACCACCUCCAAAGAGUGGGACUGGGCGGCCAUGCAAAACUGGAGCGCCAGGGCAGCAAAGGGUGUCCAACCCCGUCCCGUAAGGUCCAAAGCCCCUUGGGAAACAGAGUAGAUACAGACAAACAGAGCGAUGAUCUUCAUGGGCUGCUCAGCAUUGACUCCGGGAUGCAAUCAUGGGGGGACGAGUCAAAGUGGAGGGCUGGGACAGAGGAGAACAACCACACACCCUUCAGUGAGAGGAGUAGGAAGCAGGACAAAGGAGGCUUCAGGAGCUCGUUCAAGAAACUCUUCAAGAAGAAGAGCGGUGAUGAGAAGAAAGAGAAGGGGGGUGAGAAAACACAAGAAAACCAAAACAGCGGUGAACAUGAGACAUUGGGGAAAAAUCCCAAACUGGCACAUCUGGAGAUAAACCGUGGCACAGCUGUAUGAUUACCAGUCUAACACGCACAAACACUGCGACAGACCGAUCAAAUAAACAGACCGAUCUGCUGUUUUUUUUUUUUUUUGAAAUCAAAGCAGCUGGUUACAUUUUUUUCCUCAUGUCCAGGGUUUAUUAUGUUGUUAUUCUUACUGACAUUUCCGUAUCACUUGCCCACGCCAAAACGACACAGGAGGAUUGCAUUUGUUUUAAAUCAGUUUAGAUUAAAUAUGAAUAUACAGUUAAAGACCAAAUUAAACUGCCAGUGGAUAUGUGAAUAGAUGGUUACAAACUUUACCACUAGAGGAUGUAGUUGAACACUUUCCAUCCCUAUUAUGUAAAGAGCGCUACCUCCAAGUUUUUCACGCAAAACUUCUUUCCCUUUUUGACCCUUUCAAGGCAUUUCAAACUCAUUUGCAAACAAUUUUCUUAAGCAAUAACUAGAAAUUAUUAUAUCAUGCAUAUGCUCAGUAGAACAACCAUUAACCAAUCAUAAUGUGUAUGU